GAUAAGGAAUCAAUGCCGCGAACCCUCGCGUGGCACCGCGACUUCAUCCAUUAGAUCCGAGUCUAGCCGGUGCUUUAUCUCGCUUCUCACUCCAGCCGUUCGAUCGAGGCCUGACCAGGACAGUUGACAAUGGCAAUCGGCGAUGACAAGGCGCCAGCUCAGGCUGUAAAGCCUGAUCUCCCAAAUCAGGAAGAUGACGAUGACGACCACGACGAACGGUUCUCACCCGAGGAAGAGGCGUCCCUGGUAGCCGAGUCUAACUCGCACAAGGCCGAGGCCAAUGCUCUCUUCGCGUCGGCCAAGUACGAGAUUGCCAUCAACAAGUAUGACGAGGCCGUGGCUGUGUGUCCCGACUACCUGGACUACGAGCUGGCUGUGCUCCGGUCCAACAUCGCCGCUUGUCACUUGAAGCUGGAAGAAUGGAAGGAAGCCAUCAGCAAUGCCACCACCGCGCUGGACGGCCUCGAUCGGCUGGAGCAGCGGGGGAACGAGAAGGCCAAGACCGAAGCAGAACAAGUUAGAGUCGAAGAGGCUGACGACGCUGAAGCCGAGAUAAUCAGCGCCGGCGCCACCAAAGCCGGCCCGGCCCUGUCUAUGAGCCCAGAGCAUGACGCGAUUGAAGCUGCCCGCCGGAAACGCCAGGACGACAUCGCCCGGAUACGCGCCAAGGCGCUGAUGAGACGAGCGCGCGCCCGAAGCGAGCUGGGUGGGUGGUCGAACCUGGAGGGCGCCAUUGAAGACUACAAGCGGCUGUCGGGCAUGGCCAACCUGACGGCGGCCGACAAGAAGAUUGUGCAGGCGCAGCUCCGGGCGCUGUCGCCGCGCGCCAAAGCCGCCCAGGAGAAGGAGACGGCCGAGAUGUGGGCGAAGCUAAAAGACCUGGGCAACGGCCUGCUAAAGCCGUUUGGGCUGAGUACGGACAAUUUCAAGAUGGUCAAGGACGAGAAGACGGGGGGUUACAGUAUGAGCUUCCAGGGUGGGGGGGAAACAAGACGUGAGCACCAGGCGUGAGCUCACUUCAGAAAGUGAACCCUUGGAUCGAACCGUCGGACGAAAUGUGAAGGCUUUCUUCUCGUCUUUGCAAUCGAGGUCCGGUGUGUAUGGUAUGCUGCUCCAAGCGGCUCAACGAGCAGAGGGACGGUUCAAACCAAGUACUGUUUCGAUUCCCCGGCCGUCCAGUUCCGGUAGCGGCGGCCAAGAACGCUAAAAACCAAACCCGAGGCAGCAUGUACACGGAAUCUGACUGCGACA